AUAGGUGGAAUUCAGAGCGAGUCAGUUCUUCCGGGUGAUCCAACUUUCAACAUAAUUGAUAACAAAUACGAUAUUCCAUCUUUCAAGAGAAUAUACGCUGAGUUCAAUAUAGAGUUCAAUAGAUUUUAGCUAGAUUUUACAUUCAAACGUGGUUUAAAUCAUGGGUUGGGUAAAGUUUUCAUUUAUGUAUCCCGUGCAGGGCCUGUUUUAACCGGUGCUAUAGUUAUCCAGGACUCAACAAGUUCGGUGAUGAAGGUGGAAAUGCAUCCAAAGGCAAUCUCAUCUCAUCUAUUUCAGCAGAAAUGACGACGAUACAGAGAGGCAAUUUAAAUAUUUUAUGAUUGAGGACUCAUCAGGGUUAUCUCAGGCUGGAUUGUCGAGGUUGAAUCAAUCGAUUGAAGCAUUUGUUUACAGCAUUCUCGGAGCCCAGGUUAACGUGAGAUCAUCCAUUCUCGGAAAUUCAGAAAGUGCCAAAGAAGCACAGACUGAGUUUUGACAUUGAUGGAAGAUGCGAUCAGGCAGCCAGACAUUUCCAAAAGUGUUCAAAGAUUUCAACUGGCGAUCGAUGAAGCAAAAGUCAGGCUUAACCUGGCUGUCUCUCCGCGAGCCUGGUUGAAGCCUUCAAAUUUGGUGAUAAAUACUCAGAGUGCGGUUGGUUACAACAACGGCUUGAGGAAGUCGGGCGUUCGGAUGAAGCUUGGAGUCAAUGAUUCAGUCAACGCUGAU